GACAAAAAAAAAAGCAGACAAAGAACUGUUAUCGGGAGUCUCCAAUUCAAGACAUACCAAACGAUGGUUACCUUCCACCCAAGGACAUCAAGGAAGAAGACAACGAACCAGUAUUCAAUCCAAUCCAAUCCCCAGCGCUCAUGUGCCUCCGUUCGAAGACGGAAACGCAAAAUCAGUGCGGCUCGAGCUUAUCCGCCUCCGUUCGGCGGCGCACGACCGCCACACGUCUCCGCCCAUCAAAAGUCCCGUGUGCGUCCAGCGUUUGGGUCCCUCGUGCGAAGGCUGGAGGGCGGCCUCCCUGACGUGAAGAGCUGGGACCCACCUCAUCCGUCUCCACGCGCGUGUUCCGACGAUGAAGGGCAGUAUGUUGUUCCCGCGAACCGACUCCUUGCUUCACCGCAAUGUCGGAGCUAAAAGAAGAGAUGUGAGCGAGUUCUCGUUUGGUUUUUGGGCUGUUGAGAAAUGGACUUGCGGACUAACGUCGACUCGAGCGGCAGCAGCAUUUCUGCAAACGGUGGUUUUUGCCGCGCGCGCAUUCGAUGGGGAACCUGUCGUCGUCGUCAAACAAACCAAUCGGGGUGGGUCGGCACAAGAAUAUUUUUGUGAUGCUCGGAAUCUAAAAAACAGCUCUUGGUUUGGGAGAAAUAGGAUCGAGCGAUGUUUUUUACGUGAUGGACAGAAGAAAGAGGUAGGUGAACUUCAGUUUGGGUGGAGGGACACCUCGCUCACAUCUCAGAGCUGCUGGCUGCUGCCACCGGAAAAUUUAAUUUGUUUUGUUUGUUUUAGGUUGCGGAAUCCAAGGGAGGGAGGGAGAGAGGGGGGGGGGAGAUAUCCCUGACAAGCCACCUCUUUCCAAUCAACUCCCCUUGAUUGUCUAAUUUUAAGGACUCCGUUGGCAUCAUCCUUCCUAAAUUAGCCCUCCUUCCAACCUUUCCCAUCUCCUCUAUCAAAUAUCUCUUGCUUUUUUAUGUCCCCCCUUCCCUUCCCCUUCUUUAUGGCGAAGCUUGUUUACUGUCCAUUUAAGGCUCCUCCCGUUUCCUUCUUUCCAUCUUCCCUUCAUAUACCCAUACCCAUCUCGCAUCCUCAUAUCCCAUCUCCGCAAUCAACUCUCUUCUGCUUCUCCUUCUCCUUCUCCUUCGACUUGUCUUCCAUAUUUUUCUCCAUGGAUUAAUUCCCACCGAGCACCAUUCUCCUCGGAGGCGUCCCCCACAUCUCCUUCUUUUGUUAUUAUGGUACAUGUGCGUAUCUUAAUGCUAAAGCUUCUUUUAUGGACCCCAUGAACUGAAGUGCAUGGUUUGUUCCUUAAUGUCUUGGAGAUUUGAAGAACUUGCUCUCCUUCUAUGUAUUUAUCUGAAACGGAGAUGGACGAAUCAUUAAGGUGCCCCCUCGACAAGCCAGAACACUUGAGAAAUUACACCGCCUGCUGCUCAACCGGAUCCGUCUUCCGCAUUCCUUCUAGGGAAGAGGACGCCGGCAGCAUGAUCUCAGUGGCAACCACCAUGGCAGCGGGACGCGAAGGAUCCGAUUCUAACAGCAUCGUUAAUUGGGUUAGCUUCGCCCCCUGCAUGGCGACCACCUCCAACACCUCCACCCGAUACAAAGGCGUCAUGCUGCAACAGAACGGACACUGGGGCGCGCAGAUCUACGCUCACGGUCACCGCAUCUGGCUCGGCACCUUCAAGUCGGAGCAGGCGGCGGCAGCUGCUUACGACAGCGCGGCUAUCAAGCUCCACCAUGGCGACUCGCACCGCAACCUCCCCGCGACCCCGCUCACCGCCCACGAGCACAAGUUCCAGGAGACGUUCACCACCGACGAGGUGCUUGACAUGAUCAAGAUGGGAUCGUACGAGUCACGGAUGGAGGAGUACGUUAGGCGACACGCCAUUGCAGCAGCCGCUGUCAAGGCGGCGCCGAGGCCGAGCCUCCCUCACGCUGGCACAAGCGGCAAUGUGGCUUUCCUGGAGAUGUUCCUCAAGGAACUGACGCCAAGCGACGUCGGGAAGCUCAACAGGCUGGUCAUACCGAAGAAGCACGCGACCAAGUACUUUCCACAGGUGGCUUCGGUGACGGCCGAUGAGGUGAUGGUCGAGUUCGUGGACCGAGAAGACCGCUCGUGGACAUUCCGAUACUGUUACUGGAAGAGCAGCCAGAGUUACGUCUUCACCAAGGGCUGGAAUAAGUUUGUGAAGGAGAAGAGACUUCAGGCCAAGGACACGGUGGCAUUCUAUAGGUGUGAGGAGAGGGAUGGACUCCGGAGAACGUACUGCUUGAUCGACAUCAUUCGGUGCAGUGGCGACGGUCAUCGCACUAGUGGUUUUAGUUGGAGCAAGAACGGGGCGGUGGGACUGGGACUCAGCUGUAAGAGGAAGCCGGAAGAGGGAGACGAGGAAGGCAAUCGCACUAGCGGUUUUAGUUGGAGCAAGAACGGGACGGUGGGACUGGGACUCGGUUGUAAGAGGAAGACGGAAGAAGGAGACGAGGAAGGCGAUCGCAGCAGCGGCUAUAGCGGGAGGAGCGGGAAUGGGGCAAUGGGACUGGGACUCGGUCUGAAGAGGAAGACGGUAGAAGGAGACGAGGAAGGCGAUCGCAGCAGUGGCUUCAGCGGGAGCAGGAGUGGUGCGAUGGGACUGGGACUUAGUUUUAAGAGGAAGACGAAGGAGGAAGAUGAGGUAGGAGAGGUAGUAUCAGGGUUAGCGGUGACUCAGAAAUCAUCGGAAGCACGACAGCAGGAGGAAGAGGAGCAGGAAAAGAGGAAGAAGAGGUUGAGAUUGUUCGGUGUCUCGAUCACUGACACAAAUGAUAGGGGAUGAACAAGAACACGCUUGGGCACGUACUGAUCAUAAGAUCCUCCUCUCCCCUCUGUCGAUUACUCGAUGGUGUUUGCUGCUUAGGUUAUUGCGAAGCACCGACUUGCUUAUGGUAUGGUUUAGAUGGAGCCUUGUUUCAUGUUGUUACUUCCUUUCAAUGUGAAGGCUUGUAAUAGGCUGUAGUAUUUUAUGAAGAACUGACUUUGUUCUUUAAUCGAACGUAGCUCCUUUUGUCCGUCCUCUAUAUUCGAUACUUUUUAUUCUGUAUGGCUCUAUUAUGU